GUGCUCAUGCUUAGAGAUAUUUCCUGCUUCGACUGAACCUCCUUCCUAGUCCGAUUCCGAUUAAUCCUACCAUUUUCACAAUAAGCCUGCGGUAGAUUGUCGCAUAGUUGCGCUAAUUGCAGGACCAGUACUUUCCAGGAAAAUGGAAGCAAAGGAAUCAGAGUGGUGGAGUGGGGAGACGGUGGCGGUGGUGACGGGAGGGAACAGAGGGAUCGGGCUGGAGGUUUGCCGGCAGCUCGCACACAAGGGGAUCACCGUCAUCAUGACUGCUCGUCAGCCACAUGAGCAACUCUCAGUCCCUGCUCAACAGUUCCUGCAAGAAGCAGCUGAAGCAGAGAGGAAGAAUGUCAUCUUCCACACUCUGGAUAUCACUCAACAGCAAAGUGUGCUGGAAUUCGUCGACUGGUUGAAAUUACGUGUUGGGUUCGUCGACAUUCUGGUAAGCAGAAAUGAAAUCUCGUAGGUCGACGGUAUGCGUUCAUCU